UGGAGAGUUAGUAAAUCCCACUAAAGCUCUCUCGCAACAUACGCAGUGCAUCGUUACGCGCUCGAAAAUUUCUCGUGGUCCACAUUGAUGCACGCCCUCUAAUCCUAUAUAAACCGCUACAGGCCGUCGAAAAUAUCGUCAUUAAUAAGACCGGCUAACCUCAAAUCUCAAUCUCACAUGCAACCAUUCCCGCAUUCCAUCUCGGGAUCAUGAAGUUCUUCAGAUUAAGCCUGAGCGUCGCCGCUCCAGUAUGCAGCAUCGUCGGAAAUCCCGUGGCCAUCACAACCGCGCUUUCCGCGUACUACGGAGUCGUCACACCUAACUUCAGCAUAUCUCAACCCCUGUUUGUGCGCGUAUGCGGUGGUGACCCUCCCAACCCCUCAGACGAUGCCUGGAACAAAGCGGUGUACAAGGGUAAAACGCUAAUGAAGCAGAUGCUAGCGAACGACCACGACGCCGGCCAAAUGUUCAGGCCACCCCGAGAAUCGGCGGAGUCAGAGUUCCUGACUUAUCCACAGGACCUCGACAAAUGGGGGUACAGUCAACUCGACUACGAUCCCUACUACGAUUUCGACAACUCCCUCCCCCUCAAGCCGGCUUUAAACGACCUUGGCGUCAGCGACAAGAAGUUCGGAGAGAAUGGUGGAAACAACUGGGCCUGGGUGUGGGAGCAUGAUGUUGAGAAGAUAAUAGAUGGAACGACGUAUCCUGUCACUGAAGCUCGAUAUACGACUGUGCUGAAUCCGGUUGACGGUGUAAUAUUUGCCUGGGGGAAAUACAGCCCUGGGUACAUGGGGUCCAAGAAAACGCCGCCCGUCACCGUCCUCCCAAGACUGAAGUCUUGGUCCGAUAUUGCUUUCCUGCAAUGGUGGGGACUCACCUGCACGACGAAUCCUAGAAACCUUCAUUACGUCUUUUCUACACCAGUGGAGAACACCACAACGCAGGCCAUCAUCUCACGCGCUAUUUCGACAACGGGGAACAAGCUGACGACAUGGCCGGGCGUGACGUUUGGCAUGGACACAGAUCAAGGGAAAGCCAUUCUGGCGGCGCCGAAUGGUGUCGGUGUGGCAUUUUUGCUUUCAUCUCAUAAACGACAGAUGGGAGCCAAGGUGGUCGAAAAGGUUACCGUGUUCCAGGAUGCGGGGAAAGCGGUGCCCCGACCUCCGAGCCUUCUGUUCUAUAUCAAGGACGCGUUGCCGUCGAAGGAGGGGAAUCCGGCGGAGUAG